AUGCCACGAAGGGAGGAUGUCAAGAUCCCAGCCACACAAAUAACAGACCUGAUGAUCGCCGUCAGCUGUCUUCUUCCGGAAAAAUGUUAUCCACCCCCUCCGGUUAUCAUCAUGGGUCAUGGAUUCGGGGCAGUUAAAGCAGGGGGACUCUUUCCAUUCGCAGAGAGAUUUGCGGAAGCCGGGUAUGCGGCUGUCAUGUUUGAUUAUCUCUUCUUUGGAGAAAGUGAUGGUUUACCAAGGAAUCUACUCUCAAUCUCUCGGGAGCUACAGGACUUCCGAGAUGUCAUCGCGUGGGUCAGAAGACAAACGGAUAAAUGGGAUAUCAAUCGUGUUAUCGCCUGGGGCGCUAGCUUUGGGGGUAUGCAUGUUACGACGCUAAUGGCUGAAGAUCAUGACCUUCUUGCCGGUAUUAUGCAAGGACCAUGUGUCGAUGGCCUAGCAGCGUCUAGGCAGGUACCUGUGUACAAAACCUUGCGGCUGCUACCUUUGUCUCUGUUUGACUGGAUGCUCUCUCUAUUCUCGUCUAAGGCAAUAUAUAUCCCUCUAGUCGGUGACGGGAAGCAUGGAUCUUCAUUGGCUAUGAUGUCCGGAUCUGAGGCAAUGGCUGGAUGGAAGAGACUCACUACAGACCUUGGAGCGGACUUUGUGAAUAAAGUCACAGCCCGCACAAUUCUUACGAUUCCCUUUUCCCGUCCUAUAAAGAAAGUUCAUCGCAGCAGAAAGCCACUCUUGGUGGUUGUUACGACGUGGGAUAAUGAGGCGCCGUUGCACAAGGCUAAGCAAGCAGUACGGCUGGCACCUCUUGGAGAGGGAUUUAGGGUUCCUGGAGGGCAUUUUGAUCUGUAUGCAGGAGGUGUUGCCUUUGAAGACAACAUUAGACGGCAAUUACAGUUCCUCCAGAAGGUCUUGGCAUAG